AUGAAGCCAUCAUCCAUUCUUAGAAGUCUUUCUUCCUUGGUGAGGCUUUCUGCUUCUUCUGCAGUUGUGCCUUUACCGAUCACAAGCUCGUUUGAUGAGCAAGUCACGGCGCACCUCGAUGGUUUGCAGUUGCAGAAGGUUUCUCAGAUUGAACAGAUUUCUUUUUUGUUGCAUGCUCUUGAUGCUUCUACCACUACUCAACAAUUAACUCUAGAUGCUCUUGCUAAUGUUCAUAUUCAAGACUCAUAUCGAGAGGUCAUCGAUAAGUAUCUUGAUUAUAACACCAAAAUGCUCGAUACUUGUAACGAAUUAUCGGAGAAGAUAGAGAUUAUUCAAAAGUAUUUAGACUCAUUGAGAAUCGUCUCACACUUGCUUGAAGGAAACGGCGAACCUCAUCAAACAACAUUGGCACGAGCGGGAGACGUUUUAGAUUCAUGCCAGGAAUUGGAAAGAAGAUGCAACGAGAUUGAAAAGUGUAACUCAGGUUUGAGAAAAUCGUUCAGCUUUCAAAAGGUAAACCACUGCGAAACGUUCGGUUUGGGCGAGAUCUUAAGUGGGUCAAUGGCUGUGACUUCGAUGGUAUGUGCGAUUCUUGGAGUUGCUUUGUCGUUCAAUUCUAAACGUAGCUUACCAUCAGUUCAAGCUCAGAGUUUUAGUUCUUCAUGGUCGUAUUCAUUGAAAGAACUCCAAAAGCAAGUGAAAGAGCAGAAGAAAUCAGGGUCAGGGAUGAUGUUAGUGGAGCUGCAACACUCAGUCGUGGCGGCUCGGGCGUUGCGGGAUCAAAUAAAACGUAGAAAGCAAAGUGAGGUUGAGCUCGAUGUUGGUACAUUGAAAACAAACUGCGGGAAAUUAGAAGAAAGUAUUGAGCCCUUGGAAGAAAGAGUAAAGGAUUUAUAUAAAGAAUUGAUAAAUGUUAGAAUGGCUUUACUGGGGAAAUUGUCUCAGAUCUAA